AUGGACAAUGAAAAGACAAGUAACUUCCUAAUGGAGAAUGAAAUAGUGAAUCAGAUUGUGCAUAAUCAAAGCAUCGGAAUGGAGAAUGAAAUGCAGAAUGAAGAAUUUAUCACUCACCAACAGUCAGCAUAUCAAAUUGAUUGGUCAGAUAAUAUAGAUGACGAAAACUAUGUUUCGGAUUACGUUCAUCAUGAAGAAAAUGAAGAAAUCGGAAGCAUUGCAGAACAAUUUGUAGUAGUAAGUGAUUAUACAUCUCCGGGUGGGACAAAUUAUUAUACACCCAAGACCAAUGAAGAUGUAAAGCCUAAAGUCAACGACAUAUAUGAUACAUAUGAUGCAGCUGUAGAAAUGUACAAAAAUUAUGCAUUUCAAGCAGGUUUUGAUAUUACGCUAGGAUUAAACAAGAAGAAGACGGAUGGUACUUUCACAAGCAGGUUAAUGUGUGGUCUCCAAGGUGGGUGUUCAGUUUGUGGUGGAUUGGCGAUUGAUUACAAGAACUGUGCUAGGAAUUUAAAUUGUUUUAUUGGUGGUAGUGAUGCCCAAUUGAUUCUGAACAUAAUGGAAGAGAGAGUUAAAUAUGCACCAAACUUCUCAUUCGAGUUUAGAGUCGAGGAAAAAAGAUUAUUUUCAAUGUUUUGGGCUUACGGAACUUCCAAGUAUAAUUAUAAGGAGUUUGAGGAUGUCGUUUCAUUUGAUGUCAACUACCAGACUAACAGGUAUAACAUGGUAUUUGUUCCAUUUACUGGAAUUGAUAACCAUAAGAGGUGUGUCACAUUUGGUGCUAGAUUGCUUACCCGAGAAGACACAGAUUCUUACAAAUGGUUACUAAAAUGUUUUUUGAAAGCUUUUGGGAGUCCACCUAAGAUUAUAAUGUCUGAUCAAGAUCCGACAAUCAAAAAAGCAGUUGAUGAAUUGUUACCACUAUCCAGUCAUCGUUUAUGUAUGUGGCAUAUAACAACAAAAUUACCAAAAAAGUUAACUGGGGAAAUUGCCAAGAAUUCAGACUUUAAGAAACGUUUCAACAGCUUGAUAUGGAAUGCAAAAAUUAAUGAAUUAGAGUUUGAAGCCGGAUGGGACAGUAUGAUUACAGAAUUUCAUCUUGAGGAUAACACAUGGUUAAGAAAGAUGUUUGGUUUGAGGAGACUUUGGAUUCCUGCAUUUUUCAAGAAUGUUCCACUGUUCGGUUUGAUGAGAACCACAUCACUCUCAGAAAGUCAAAAUUGGUCUUUUCAGAACACUACACUAUACGGAUCAUAUAUUGUCAAUUUUUUGAUGACAUUUGACUUGGUCAUGGAAAGACAAAGGCACACUCAAAAUUCAUCGGAUUUCACAACUACAACAACAUUUCCGAAGAACAUUACAUAUCUUCCUUAUGAACCACAUGCAACAAAGGUUUACACUAGAAGAAUAUUUUAUCAAGUUCAGGAAGAGAUUUUUGAAUCUGAAAAAUCAUGUUUUAUCAUAAAAGUCGUAACGAAUUCUUCUGAUGGUGUCGACAUGUUUGAUGUCUUAGAGAGAAAGAAAAGUGUUAGCACACGGACAAAGGAAGUUGUCCCCGACCAACCCGAGGAGGAAGAAUAUCAUUUUGAUAGUCUUGUGAAGGACAAAUAUUUUAAGGUUACUCACAACAAGAGUGAAUAA